UCAAAUGGCGAUGUGCGACGAGUGCCUCGAAGCCGACAAUCUCGACUGCAAAGCAAGACCGCGGAGAGGCUACAGGUCCGAUCGUAUCGACCUAGAUCGAGUCCACUACGGCGAGGAUAGGAAGUAUCUAUCAUGCACGCACUGUCGUGAGGAGAAAAAGAGAUGUUCCCUCAAGAAGAAGACGGACAGGCCUCCGUGCAAGCGCUGCAAAAAGCAGAAGAUUGGCUGUCACUUCUACGACGUAGCUCCACCCGAGAAAGAGAAUCCUGCGAAAAACAAGAAAGAAACUGAAGAAGAGGCAACGGGCAGCGAGAAGCCCAAGGACCCAAAGCGCACUCUUUUGGAAGAAAUCGCCCCCGAGACCUCGAUCCCGGGCUCCGACUUUUUCAGCCCCGAGGACCUUGCAUAUAUGGAGGCAGAUAGCUCAGCGGACGAAAGCGAUGCACAAGACGAUGAAGCCUCUGAGAAUGAGCUCAUCGAAGACGCGGAAGGCCACAGAGGGUUUCUAGCCACAAUCAAGACUUCUUUCGCGCAUCCUAUGGUCUUCUCUAUCAACCCUCCUGGCCACCCCAAAGCUGUUCUUGACUGCGACUUUUGCUACAUACCUGUCUUCGGCUUCGUCGGACACUUUGAGCGAGAGGUGCACGCUAUCCAAUGGUCCAACGGUCAAGGCUACACAGAGUUCGGCAACGGACAUCGCGAAGAAAAAGAUGCGACUACCAUGUGUCAUGAAUGCACGUUCCACCGGCUCCAAAUCAUGGUGUGCUCCGAUCACGUCAUCCGACAUAUCGAACUCCAUGAAGACCAGCUCGAUUACCACGCUGCUUCAGAGGUUUUGAUAAGUGUCGAAGGUGGAACUCCACAGAUGCAAUACGAGCUACAGCGGUGGUGCUCACUGUGCUUCUCGCUUGCUAGGCAUCAGUGCUGCUCUCUCCAGCCAUUCGUCGGAGCGGACGACGAGGGAGAUGGCGCUGUGAUGAUGGAGGGCUGUGGCUUGCGGCUCUGUGAUCGCUGUGCGCAGGAGCUCGGUCAGGUCUAUCAGAACAACUUGCAUGAUAUGGUCACGGCCUUGGACAAGAAGGCGAAGCCUAAGCAGGUCGAGACUGAUGAUGGUGAGGAAGCUGAGGAACAGGGAACUAUACGGGCUGACGUGGGGCUUCUCAAGCUCGAUGGGCUUCUGAUGAAGUGCGUGCAGGGCGGUGCAGACGGCGGCGACGUAGAGUGACUGAUUCAAGAGUUGAUUUGGACUUUGAUCAUCUUAUGUACGGGUUCGCCAAGACAACAAUCUUAGCUCUAAGUCCUUUUAGUCAACUGCG